CGAGAGCCACAGAGACGGGCACGCGCCUCCGCCCCGCCCCCAGCAGAGUGAGAAAAGCCCCAAAAGUUAACGACGACAACAAAACAAACCACAGAAGAAGAGGAGUAAACAACAACUGGAGUGAGCAACAUGGCGGCGGUGAGAGUAGCCGGGGUUUCAGAGCGGCGCUGCCUGGAACUUCAGGCCGCUCUGUGAGCCUCUGCCCGCGGCAUGAAGCUCUCCGGGCUGCCGGCAUCAUGGCCGUUGUGACAGCCAACGCCCGCAGAGUCGUGACGGAUCCUGCCGGAGUGUCCCCGCGGGGGAGCCGGUCUCCGGCACCGGGAGCCGGCGGGAGAUCCAAGGAGUCCUGGAAGGGACACAUCAUCCGAGAGCUGAAGCACCGAGACCUGAGCCAGCACGCCAUGUUCCAGGACCUGAUCCGCUUCUACACUCAGCUGCUGGAGAAAACCAGUCUGACCAAAAGACUGCUGAGCAGCGCCGCCAGGCGUCCCCCUGCGGGCGGCGCCCCGCUCUCGUCCCUGCUGCAGCAGAGCAUCCAGCUGAAGAAGACCACGGGAGAGUUAGCCUAUCAGGUGGUGGAGCUGACACAGCAGAUAAAAAUCAAAGACGGCGUUCUGGAGGAGCAGCAUGGCAGGCUGCUGCAGGAGCAGUGUUGCCUGUCGCGAGUGUCUGAUGCUCUUCAGGAGCUGCAGGCACAGGUGGAGCAGGUUCAAGGGCAGAACACGGUGCUGAAGGUGGAGUACGACACUCUCCUGGAGCAGCAGAGAGCAGCGGAGGCGAAACUAAGGCAGGAGACGGUCAGAGGGGAAGAACUGCUGGCCAAGGUGAUGAAGCGGAAAAACCAGGCCGCAGCUCGGAUGAACAGCCACAACGAACGCCGCUCCAGAGCUCGAGAGGCAACCCAGGCCGCAGCCAGGUCGAAGGUCAACUUAGACAGGUCAGCUGUCCAUCCCCUGAGCUCUACAUCGCCCUCUUCAGGUUUCUCUAACUCAUCGAGUGCUCCGAGCUCCAGAUCGACGUCUCCAAAGAACGAGAAACGGGACACGUCCACGGAACGAAAACCCAUGCGACUCGUGAGGUCGGCGUCGGUGACGUCUCCGAGGAUCCUGACCUCCAUCAAAGAGCUGUUUGAAAGCAGGAAGAGGCGGGGCCACUCGGUCUGCAGUCAGGAGGAAGAUCUCGUCUCUCCUGUAAGAAUCUGUGUGUCGGCCCGAGUCCCGGCCAGAGCUCUGCAAGUCCUGGAUGCCCAUGAGCAAGACAUCAACGCCGUGCGGUUCAGCUCCAGCUCAGACCUGCUGGCCACAGGGGGGACAGACAAAGUGAUCAAACUGUGGGAGGUCAGGGCAGGCUUGCUGACUCACAGAGGGACCCUGGACGGCAGCACAGAGGGCAUCACCUGCAUCGAGUUUGACCCCAUGGGCUUCAGGAUCCUCGCCGCGUCCUACAGCAAGGCGGCCAUGCUGUGGCAGCUGGGCGACUCCGUUCCAAAGGUGACUCUUACAGGUCACAGCAGGAAGGUGACGGCGGCGAGGUUCAGCAGCAUCUUCCAUCAGGUGGUGACAGGAAGUGCCGAUGGCACCAUCAGACUGUGGGACCUGCGGCGAGCUGCCUGUCUGCAGUCGCGUAAUGUGGCGAAGUACUGCAGCGACCUGGUGUGCUCGGAGAACUGCAUCAUCAGCGGACACUACGACGGGCAGAUCAGAGCGUGGGACUCCAGGGUGGCGAGCUGCGUUCAGGUGUUUCCUGCUCAGGGAAAAGUCACCUCGCUGGACCUCAGUCCUGACCACUGCCAGCUGCUCAGCUGUUGCCGGGACGACUGUCUCCAACUGUUCGACCUGCGGAGGUGGAGCAACGAGCGCUUGACCUUCAGAGCCGACGGGUUCAAAUGUGGCAGCGACAGCACCAAAGCCGUCAUCAGGUGAGUCACAUGAUCAUCAGAACCAAGAAAAAAAACUGUUAGCCGUGCUUACUGGGCGGGCCCCGAGUGAGGAAAAGGCUUACUUUCAGUUGAUGACCAAAGCAACUACCAAUGAGAGUGAAGGAUACUGCUGAGUGACAGAGAGGACAUGUGACCAUCGAUGAAAAAUGAACAUGUGACUGCGGGACGUCUCGCUUUUGUCAGAAUUACAGAUGAAGCUGUUCAGGGGCUCCAGUGA